GAUGAUAGAGGUGCGUUUUUCGGUUCGUUUAGUAAAGGAAGGCUUGCUCUAACCACAGGUUUUUAUUAAACAUUCCGGUUAACAAGCGAAACGUGGGAAAUUUUGAGUAGAAAACGAAAAUGCCGAGAUUCCCCGCGGAACCGGUAGAAGCGGCAACGUCGCCGAUUUCUUCGAAUAAAAAUACCGCACCUGAGCCGAGAGAGGCGCAAGAGAGACGGAGAGAAAGAGACUAGACAGCGGUCUAGCCGUUUCGGUCCCCAUUCGACACUUUAUUAAUAUCCGUUUAGUUUUUCAUUCGACUGCGAACGUUCCGGUUCGAGAACCAUCCGAGAACCGUCGAUUUCCCGCAAGAAUUCCCGAAAAUUCCGGCCCUUUCCAGGCGGAACAAUGCGUCGCGGCCUCCGGACUAUAAUCUUUCUGAACCUGCUGGCCCUCGGCCUAUUUUCGGCCGCACGCCAGCCGGACGGGCCGAAAAACGCCCUCGACAGGCUGCUCAGGGACUAUCUGGAUAAACUGGAUGAGCUGGAUGAGAUGGAUGGCAUGCAGAGUGACCAGCCCCAGCAGGGCAAGAACGAGGUGUAUCCGGAGAAUUCCAGGAAUUUCAGCGCCAUCGAGUACUCCAGGGCGAUGAGGAACAGAUCGAAAGAGAAGCGAAUAGAAGACGUGAAAAAUUUGAUAUUGAGCCUGACGCAAAGGAAACCGGACGACGCCGAUGUACCCGAGCAUUCCAUAAACAUUUCCCAAAUUAUACCGCCUGUUUUCAAUAUAACCGGAAUUUCCACGGACGAUCAGGCCGCAGAGAAAAUCCGAAGUUUCUACCCUUCAUGCGAAAUCCCGCUCAACACGGACCACGACGUCUGGCAGGACGACGACACCAUGAACCUGUUCUUCGACUUCGAGCUGCUCGACGACGCGAAGAACGGCAACAUCGCCGCCGCGACGCUGCGCCUCUACCGGCUGCCCGAGGAACCUUCGACGAAGUCGCCGGGGAACGCCCGCGACUGCGACAACCUGACGUCAUCGGAGGACGACCGAUUGCUCAGAGUCUCCAUCUAUUGGUACACGAAGUCGCUGAAGAAGAGACGCGUGAAACGGCGGCUGUCGGACAGCAAGGUGAUCCCGGAGAGCGCCAAAUGGGUGGAGUUGAGCGUCAAGCCGGCCGCCAAGGCUUGGGCGAAGGGCAGGAACUUGGGCAUGAGCGUCCUGGUGGAGGACCAGGACGGCAACACCGUCAGGGCCGAUCGGAUUUUCAAAGGGGCUUCGUGUACGGUCGGCGUUUCCACCCCGAAACCGAUCCCCACGAUCAUCGUCGACGCCGCCCGACGUUCGAACGACUUCGACCGAAUCCAGGACCUGCUGGGCCGACGGAGGAACUCGUCAGCGCCGGCCGCGACCGGCGACGAUCACCUGCUGCCCACGAUCGACGUGCGCACGCUCGAAUUUCCCUACAGCUACAAGGACAGGCCGGCGGAGGCGGCGGCGCCGGACGUCGCGGCCUCGUCCGACAGGCACAUUCGGCACCAAAGGCAGCACUCGAUGCAGGAGGGCGGGAAUUCGAGCGAGUUCGACGUGCGACAGAGGAUGGUGGGCCGUCGGGUGGUCUUCACGCAGGAGGACAUCCGGAAUAUGUCGGGGAAAUUCAAUUUGUCGACGAUCAAUCGGUAGAAGCCGGCGAAUGUCUCGCGGACGCGUUAUAGUAGGCUUUGGAGAUUGACGUUAUCCCGUCAAUUCGCUUCUUUUCGCUUCGAAUGUUUGACGUUUGACAUUUGAUUGGGUCGAUGGAAAUGAAUAAGACUGUGUUUACGUUUGCAUUUG